AGCCGAGCAACAGUUGAAACGAAUGCUUCGCUGCGCGCGCGACGUUCAUUCCGCUUAAUUAAUUAAUUGUGAACGAAAGAAACAGCGAAGUGGAAAUAUGCCCGCUCGAGUGUAUGCGUGUGUGCGUGCGGGAGCGUAAGCAGAGAUUAUAAUUAUGAUGGUGCGCGGCCAACUCCCAAAAUGAGAACAAAUUAACGACAGCAGCAAAGUGCAAAUAACAACAACAACAAGAGAGCAAUUAUAAAUUGUGCAAUAAAUUAUGUUUAUUAAUUGCAAGUCAGAAGAGGAGAAUGCAAAUGUUGUCGGCAAUUGAAAAUUCAACUACGUGUUGCUUGAAAUUCGUAAAUCGUUUUUAGUAUUGUUUUUGUUUUCAAUUUCGCGCAACGAGUUCGUUGCGUUUUCUUUUUUAUUUCUUUUCGCGCAAACGAAAGUGUAUAGAAGUAUAUGCAUGUGUGUGUGUGAUUAAUAGUGUGUUAGUGUUAGUGGUAAAAGUUAAAAGCAACAACAGUAACAACAACCAUUCAAGAUGACUGUGUGGAGCGAUUGCAAUGCUAAGCAGUCAUUUGGCAUUGCCAAAUGCAAUUUUGAUCAGGACACGAAGCCACAUCGCCUCAACUUGGAUGUCGGCGACGCUCUCAUCAUACUCAAAGAGACCACACAUUGGUACUACGGCUACAAACAAAAGGCGAAGGAAACACGCGGCAUCUUUCCCAAGAGCUAUGUGCAUCUGUGUGAAUACAGCAUUGUGAAUGGGGAGUAUUGCAUACAGCGAACCGAUAUCGUCGAGGAGAUCACAAAAGUGAUGCUCGAGUGGGGCGGCAUUGCCAAAAAUUACUUUCUGAGCACAAAUCCAAACUUUCAGAAGAUACGACGCAAAAUGAAUGAGCUGAGCAUCAAUCGAACAGCGUUGAUCUCGGGAAAUCUUCCGCUCGACGAGAUGCGCAAGGUGAAGCUGCAGGCGACGGCACAAAUUGACACCGGCAAUCGGUUGCUCGGUCUCGAUAUGGUUGUGAGGGACGAGAGUGGCGAUAUAUUAGACACAAAUGCCAUCUGCACUACUGAGCUGUAUGAGAAUCACAUGAAUGCAGUGCAGCGCAUUGAGAAGGCAAAUCGUCUUUCAAGUGAUCGCGACUCGCUGCGUGGCCACAACAAAUACUCGCACAACAUUCUGCUGCAUGUUAAUGCGUUUGUGUGCAAGUUCCAGGAGGAUUCGGACCUGCUCUUCACGCUCUUCGAUGGCGAGACACACAAACCCAUUAGCGAGAACUAUGUGGUGAAAUGGUCACGCACAGGAAUCGCUCGUGAUGUUGAUCAGUUCGAUAAUAUUCGCGUGCUGUUCACCGAUCUCAGUCGCAGUGAUCUGAGCAUCUCGAAGAUGUAUCUGGUGUGCUAUGCCAUACGCAUUGGCACCAUGGAAGUGAAGGAUUCAACAGACUCGAAGCGCACCAGCAUGAGUAUUGCCAACAGUGUGCUGACAGCUGCCAGUCGCAAGCAUUCUCAGUUGUCUGUGAAUUCGAAUGGCUCCUCAAGCAGUACUGGAGAGUACAUAAUGCGACGUCCUUUUGGGGUGGCCUGCAAGGAUCUGACGCCCAUCAUCAGCAAGCCGGAGGACUUUCGCGGCAACCUCGACUUGCCGUUCAUUAUGUGCGAAAAGGACACUUUGGAUGGCACGUUGCGCAAGUUGAUUGCCAACAAGGAUAUUGGCAAGAUUGAAUCAAAGAUGGCAGUCACCUUUGAGGUGCUGCGUGGCGAUAUCAAACAGAUCAAGGAAGACUUUCCACGGCUGGUCCACACCAAUGUGCCCGUGGCACGCAAGAUGGGCUUCCCCGAAGUCAUCUUGCCGGGCGAUGUGCGCAACGAUCUCUAUUUGACCAUUUGCAGCGGCGAGUUUGCACGCAUUGCCAAGACAUCGGAGAAGAAUGUCGAGGUCACAGUCUGCGUGGCCAACGAGCAGGGUCAACUGGUGCCUGGCGUGAUGAGCAUUGGAGCCGGACAUCCGCCCAUCGAUGAGUACAAAUCGGUGGUUUACUAUCACGACGACAAGCCCAAGUGGCAGGAGACGUUCAAGAUUCAUGUGCCCAUCGAGGAGUUCAAGCAAUGCCAUCUGCGCUUCACGCUCAAGCAUCGCAGCAGCAACGAGCAAAAGGAUCGCUCCGAGAAGCCUUUUGGUCUCGCCUAUGUGCGUCUUAUGCAAUCGAAUGGCACAACAAUACCCCAGGGACAGCAUGUGCUCGCUGUUUAUAAGAUUGAUCACAAGAAAUACGACAAAACCGUGGCCAAUUGCUACAUGGAACUGCCGGCGACAACAGCUGAGCUGCAAGGCACCAAACCAUCGGUUGGUGGAUUGAGCUUGCUGCCCAAGGAUCAGCUGAGCAUCUGCGUCAAUUUGUGCAGCACAAAGCUGACACAGAGCGUGAGUCUGCUGGGUUUGCUGCAUUGGUCGGCGCACAAGGAGCGGCUGGAGCAGUCUCUGAAUGCCUUGUCGGAUGUGCCCGGCGAGGAGGUGGUCAAAUUUCUGCAGGACAUACUCGAUGCUCUGUUCAACAUACUCGUGGAGAAUGAGGAGCCCGAGAAGUACGAUCAGCUGGUCUUCAUGAGCAUCAUUCAUCUGAUUGAAACGGUGUCCGAUCUAAAGUAUCAACACUUUCUCACCGUGCUCGAUGUCUACAUCAACGAAAGCUUCUCCGCCACAUUAGCUUACACCAAACUUAUGGAUGUGCUGAUGCGAAAUAUACGCGAUGCCAUUACGCCGUGCGAAAAGUCAGCCGAUGGCAUUGAACUAGAGGAAAGUCCCGCUGUGCGUCGUCUCUACAAGACAACACGCUAUUUGCACUACGUGAUGAAGUUUGUCAUCCGAUCUCGAGUGUUAUAUGCGGCCAUGAAUUGCAAUGCGGAUUACGUGGACUUUGCUACGCGUUUGCAGGAGCUGCUCAAAAUGUUCGUCGAUAUGAUUGGAUGUCCCAGCAAUCUGCUAAAGUCCGAAGGUGCCUUGCUCAAGAAUCUGCACACUGUGGCCACUGAUUUGAUGGAGGUGUUCGAUGAAGUGCAUCUCAGCAUUUCGAUUGUGGAGAUACUGGAAAAGUUCCCGAAACGUCGUCUGACGCAAUCAAAGAUGGGCUGCAUCAAGGACUUUGUGGAGACGAAGCUGUUCAGCUCACCCAAAUGCCGUGCCAUAUUGUUGCCGGUAUUCUGCAAGCACAUCAAGGAUCAUCUUCAGAGCAACGAUGAGGGCGACUCGAAAACCGAUAUCUGGCAGCAAGAAAAGAAUCUUUCGAAAGCCGCCAAAGUGCUCGGACAAGAAAAAUCCUACCUGCACACACGUGAAACAACCGCCAACAAAAAGAUUGCCGAGUGCAUCAACAUUAUGAACAACAUCCUCAAGCUGCUCUAUCGCUCCGAUGUGGGACCCACGCACAACGAUGUGCGAGACAUUAUGAUCAUCCUGUUGCGGCAGGUGAUGAAGGCGGCUCAUGCUCUAGAUCGGGAUACAGGCGUCGUGGGUCAGUUUAUAGCCAUCAUGCUGGGCAUAUUGCAGCGCAUGGAUGCCCAGCACUACAAAUACUUCGUCAACGAUCUGCAUCAGCAGGGCGAGCUCAAGGACUUUAUUAUCGAAAUCCUCCUGGUGUUUGAGGAGCUCGUUUCACCGCAUCAGAAGGCUGUGUUUCCACGCGACUGGAUGGACAUGAUCAUGCAUCAGAAUACCGUUAUACUGGGUGCACUGCAGCAGCUGAGCAUGGUGAUCACUGACUACUUCCUCUGUCCGGUGUUUGACAAGCAGAUCUGGUCGAAUUUCUUCCAGUGCUCGAUUGCUUUCCUGGUUCAAUCUCCACUGCAGUUGAACGACUUCAAUGACAACAAGCGGCAGAUAGUGUUUGCCCGUUAUCGGGAUAUACGCAAGGAUACCGCUAAGGAGAUACGCAAGAUGUGGUUCCAGCUGGGCAAGCAUAAGCCCAAGUUUGUGCCACAACUGGUGGAGCCCAUACUGGAGAUGAGCAUGAUACCCGAAACGGAGUUAAGGCGUGAGACGAUUCCCAUCUUCUUUGACAUGAUGCAGUGCGAGUAUUACAGCUCCCGGCUGGAGCUGGAGAGCUAUGGCGACACCAAGCACAAUAACGCCCAUCACAAGGGCAACUUUAGCGAGUUCAAGACGGCCAUGAUCGAGAAGCUUGACAUACUCAUUGGAGCAGGCAAAGGAGAUCAGGAGUACAAGGAGUUGUUCCAGAAGAUCAUGCUGGAGUAUUGCGCCGCUCACAACACGCUCAAUGUAGAUGGCACCAGCUUUGUGGCCAUGGUGACGAAGCUGAUGGACAAACUGCUCGAGUAUCGCUGCAUCAUUCAGGACGAGAGCAAGGAGAAUCGCAUGGCUUGCACCUUCUCGCUGCUGCAGUUCUACUCCGAGGUGGAUCUCAAGGAGAUGUACAUACGCUACGUCUACAAACUAUGCGCUCUGCACAUGGAAUUCGAGAACUACACCGAGGCAGCAUUCACGCUCAAGCUACACACAGAAUUGUUGCGCUGGAAUGAUACGGAAUUGUCACCGCAGUUGCGCAGUUAUCGUCACAGCAACUGUCGCACGCAUCGGGAGCUGAAGGAGGCGCUCUACUUUGAGAUCAUGGACUACUUUGACAAGGGCAAGCAAUGGGAAUGUGCCAUCGAUAUGUGCAAGGUGCUCGCCCAGCAGUAUGAAGAAGAGAUCUAUGACUACAUUAAGCUGGCAGAGUUGUUGAAGCGCAUGGCGCAAUUCUUUGAAAAGAUCCUCAAGGAGUUGCGACACACUUCCGAGUACUUUAGAGUCUGUUUCUAUGGCUGCGGAUUUCCACGCCUGCUGCAGAACAAAGUCUACAUUUUCCGUGGCAAGGAAUACGAGCGUCUCAGCGACUUUUGCUCCCGCAUGCUGGUGCAGCAUCCGCAGGCGGAGCUCAUGCAAACGCUGGAGGCACCAGGCGAGGAUAUAACGCAUGGCGAUGGACAGUUCAUACAGGUCAACAAGGUGGAGCCCAUCAUGGAUGCCGCGUUCUCCAAGUUCAACGAGAAGAUCAUCUCGAACGAGAUCGUCAAGUAUUUCACUUCGAACAAUGUGCAAAAGUUUCAAUUCUCGCGUCCAUUCCGCGACAGCACUGGCGGCGGUGGCAUGGAUGAUGUGAGAAAUCUCUGGCUGGAGCGCACGGAGCUCAUCACACAGUUCCCACUGCCGGGCAUCUUACGCUGGUUCCCCGUUGUGGAUGCGCACACUUUCAAGAUAUCGCCACUGGAGCAUGCUGUGGAGAUCAUGAAGGAGACCAACAAGGACAUUCGACAGCUGGUCAUAUUGCAUCAAAGCGACGAGAGUCUGACCAUUAAUCAGCUGACCAUGAAACUUAAUGGCAUUGUCGAUCCCGCUGUUAUGGGCGGCUUUGCGAAGUAUGAGGAAGCUUUUCUCACCGAGGAGUAUGUAGAGCAGCAUCCCGAUGACAAGGAACUAGUUGAGGAGCUCAAGGAAUUGAUUGCUUUGCAAAUACCACUGCUCAAAAUUGCAAUUCGCCUGCAUCGACAGAAAGCGCCUGAUAGCUUGAAGGCACUGCACGAUCAUCUGGAAGGCUGCUUUGCGGACAUGCAACAGCACGUGGAGUCACGCUACGGUCGCAAGACUUGCGACUUGAAGAUUGAACGAGAUUCGGUGAUCAUGCGACGCACAAACUCCUUUUUGCCGGCGCUCUUCGACAGCGGCAAUAAUCGAUUGUCGGAGACCAGCAUGGGAUCCUCCGACAGCGGUCUGUCGAAGUCCACGUUUCUACCGCGACCGCCUACAAACUCCAUCAAGUCCACGCUGGCGAGCUUAAGCUUUAAUACCAACACCAAAGGCACCAAGCACAAGGACAAAACUCCCGCUAAGCGACGUUCCAUGAAGCAGCCUCGCGAUGCCUUGAGUUUGCCUGUGACUAACAGCCAAUGGUACACGCCGCCUUUGACCACCAUCACCUCGACUCCAGAGAAGGAAAUUAAUACCUCCAUCAAUUCGCUGGCCAGUGCUUCGAACACCUCAUUGAGUGGACCUAAAACACCAGAUCCGCGUGUGCUAACCGAGGAGCUGACACCCAAGCGGCCGCUGCGUUCGGAAAAGGAAAAAGAACGCCGCUUAUCGAGGCCAGCAAGCAUUGCCACGCCCACGGCCAGCAUCAAGACAUUUGCGGACACACGCUCCCUCUCCGAGAGCAGCAAUCGCAACUCAGUUGAAACCACCGAUUCUACUUCAGAGGAGGACAUUCGACCACCGCCUUUGCCUGCUAAGACACGCGACUCGACGGACUUUAGCAGCCUAUCGCAUAGUUUGGACUGGAAUCCAAGUAACUACACAAUGUUGAAUGUGCUGAGCAGCAAUACGAGCACGACCAGCAGCAGCAUCAGCACCACAACGCUGACAAAGACCAGUAUUACAAACACCACGUACGAGUAUUUGGAGGCCACGAACUUUAGCGUGCAGACACCAGAUGCCAACAAACCGCGUCCGCCAACGCCGCCGCCGAAGCCAUCGCGGCACAGCAAACACAUUCCAUGAGCGAAGGACGAAAAGGAACAGCAGGAGCAGCUGCUGCUGCCAUAUAAAUGAAACAGAAACGAAACAAAACUUAAUUGUUGUCGAGUGCCAAAUAUUCCCUGUUACUACAUAUAUAGCACUAAUCAAAGUGAGAUAUCAUGCACAACAAACACAAUCAAACAAAACACACACACACACAACAUUUGCCUCACAUGACCGACUACCAAAUAGAUAAACGGCAUCAGUGUCUUAACAAAUCAAAAAACGAUCGCAAUAGAUGUGUAAGCGCUAACGAAAAGAAAAGCUGACAAAAUCUAAGUAAAUCUUAAAUGUUUAUUCAAAUUGUGUUACAAUGUUUAAAUAAGUUGAAAUGAUAUUAUGUUGAACAUGUCGUCAUUUUCGUUUUAGUUCGUAAACAAUAAUAAUAAUAAUAAUUAUAAUACUAAUUCUAUAUACAUUUAUUAUAUGUAAAUCAAUUCGAUAUACUCUUAUACGCACUCUUAUACGUCUUGUCUUCCGCAAGUCUCUUUGUAUUAUGCAAUUUAUUAACUAUUAAGUACGUUUCUUAUGCAAACAAGUGCCACAAUUUACAACAAAACAAAAAAACAAGAAAUGUUUAAGCACAAAUUCGAAAGUCAAUUACAAUACGCAACAAAAACAAUCUUAAAAAUUAGCCAAAUUUUUAAUGAAAUGAUCGAGAAAAACUAUAUUUACACACACACAAAUUUUUGUACUAACAUUUACGACAAUUAGCCAUAAAAGUUUAGCAUUAAUUGAAAGUACAUUUAAACGUUGAACAAAUAAUCUUUUACAUUUUGUUAUACAUUUGUAUGUGCAUAUACAUAAAUCGUAUGUAUAUUUUGUCUAAGCAACCUUUAUGUAAUUACGUAAUUUGCGAUCUGUGUAUCGGCCAAAGAUUAAGCAAUAAUAAAGUACAAUUAAGCCCAAUAAAUAUAUGAGUUAAUCCUUUAAUAGUUGGAGAAUCCUUUGGAAAGUUUGCGACACACUCAAAUAA